AUGUCUGGAGAUCAUAUGACAGAGGAAGCUCCUCCGGAGGUUCACCAUUACAACGAUAUCGGAGAAGUUCCUUGGGAUAUCCAGAAUUAUUGGGCCCAGCGCUAUAAGAUCUUCUCCAAGUAUGAUGAGGGGGUAUGGCUAACAGAUGAUGCAUGGUUUGGCGUUACGCCUGAGCCUGUUGCUAAUGAGAUAGCUGAGCAUAUUGCCAGUGCUGCUCCCCCGUCUCGCAUGGUCCUAGUUGAUGCAUUUGCUGGAGCCGGCGGGAAUACCAUCGCCUUUGCGCGAUCGGGUCGCUGGAAACGUGUUUAUGGCAUUGAGAAGAAUCCGGCUGUCCUGCUGUGCGCGAAACACAAUGCCAAGAUAUAUGGAGUCGAAGAUAAAAUCACUUGGUUCGAGGGUGACAGUCUUCAGAUCGUGAACAACCAACUCAAGGACCUGGGUCCAUAUAGUGUUCUGUUUGCGAGCCCUCCAUGGGGUGGCCCUGGGUAUCGCUCUGACAAAGUGUUCAAUCUGAGCACAAUGGAACCCUAUUCCUUGGCUACAUUAUACAACGAGUAUGCUUUGUUUACGGAGCAUAUAGCCCUCUAUCUUCCUCGGACGUCAAACGUGAAGCAGCUCGCGAAACUAGUCAAGGAUGGCGAAAAAGCAACAGUGAUGCAUUAUUGUAUGGAAGGCGCUAGCAAGGCGCUGUGCAUCUAUUACGGCGGGUUCAACCUCCAAUAA